AUGAUUGGACCCACAUGCGAGGUUGAAUCAGAAUUUAGAUUACUUCCGGUCCAACUCACCCCUCUUCGUGCGCUCGUCUCCGUCGGUAUGGCGUCGGCGUAUUCCCCGUCGACGACCCUGGUCAAUUCCUCGGAUCCUUGGGUCUCUGCGGUACCCGUAGAGAUCUGGGAGAACAUCUUCCGAGAGGCGGACCGGGAAGGCCUGCUGGAAAUCCUGCUCGUUUGCAAGGGCUUCCACCUCGUCGGAAAAGGGGUUUUCUACAGAAACCUGCGCUGGAGCCAGCCCCAGAAGAUAUUGGACGCGCCCGGGGAACUGCUCAGUAGGGGGAUUCCCCUACAGGCCCCACGGUCGCUGGUUUUGAGCGUCCAUCUCGUCGAUCCGCACCAAGUUGCGGUGCACGAGUGGCUGCCUUUGGCGAGAACCCGAGUCGUUGGGCUGGAUGGCUCGUUCGUACCUUUGGACGACAGAAUACCGCAGCAGGGCUUUGCGCACCUCAUGCACAACUUCGGCGUCACCAUCGACCGUACAGACCACGCCUCACUUCCUUUGUACAGGAAAAUACUUACCGACGUCAUCCACCUCCCCCGGCUCAAUCACUUGUCACUGCAGAAUGCACAUCUGCCGAGAGAGGUGUACUCGACCAUCGCCACUCUUCAUGAGCUACAGACGCUCGACUUCGUCAAGUGCACGCUCCCCUUCGCGCUCGCGAGUGCCUUCCCGACACGCUUCCUCAACUUACCUAUCGAGUCGCUCACCAUAGAUCGCACGCUACUACGUCGCGGCUCGCGGGCGCAGGAAGCGACCGUCUUCACCAUCCACGACCCCCUCGUCCACCCACUCUUCAUGGCGACAGCGCACAACCUCGCCUCCCUUACAACUGGGUGGAAGGAGUCCUUUAUAAGGAUCCUUGGGCAGAAAGCCUCUUACCCCAGCCUUCGGCACCUACACGUUGGCUUCCUUUGGGACAGCGCGAACAGCAGCGGGCCCUUGGUUCUCACCAAUUUUCCGCGCUUUCUCGCGUAUUGCCCAGGUCUUCGAUCGCUGGAGAUCGCGUCGCCCGCGCGCGACUCGCAGAUGAGUACGGUGGAUUUACCAGCGCUGGAACGCUUCGAGGGACCAAUGUCCCUUGCGCGUGCAAUUUCGGCGCCCGUGCUGGAUGAGCUUGUCUUGUCCGACAUCCGGAGCGUUGACAGCGAGGCCCUUUUGGAGUUCGUACAUGCGCUUCCGCGUACCAUCCAACUCUUGUCUGCAAAAGUGGACAAGUGGGACGUACAGCUUCUGCCCACGCUGGCGGAUUGCGUGCCGCGACUGCGUACAUUGCAUAUCACCUACCUGAAUCAUGACGGCAGGCCCUCCGCGCAGUACCUUAACAAUAUGGGGGAUGCGCAUCUUGUGCGCUUCCGUCAAUUGCACACGCUGAGGAUUUACAUGGCCAUGUCGGAGCUUGGGCGGACAGCGUCCGAGCUGGCGCUCAAGUCUAACACAAAGGAGCUUGCCUGUCGCUGGAGUAUUCCUUGCGAGUCCUUGCGCAUCGUCCAGCUUUCCGAAAGUUCCGUUUGGGCGCUUGAUACGCAGCUUCACGAUUGGCAGGAAAUCACAUCGCCCUGA